GGAAAAAGAAGAGUUGAUUGAAGAAUGGCAGCCGGAGCCUCUUGUUCCUCCUGUAUCAAAAGAUCACCCAGCUCUCAACUACAACAUUGUUUCAGGGCAAGUCUAACCAAGAUAAUUUCUGUUUUUUACUUCAAUUAAAAUAUUUUAUAUCCAUAUUUUAAGCAUAUUAAUAGCAAAGUAUUUCCAUAUCCCUAAAAACGUUCAUAAAUUAAUUACAUUUUUAGAGGACAGAACUGAAUAUGCCACUGAAGAGAAGGUCCUAUUUUUGUAACCUUAUCAAGGUCCUUAUUAAAAUAAUCUUCACUUCUUUGAAUGUUUUAAUUUAGGGUUUUAGUUUGUUUUUAAUAUUGAAUGGAUACUUUUAUCUUUGUCUUCAUUCUGGUCUGUAUUUUUGAUGGUAAUUUGGUUUUAAUUUCUUCUAAAUAUUAGCAUGUUAUUUACUAACUUUGAGUAAGAGAUUAGGGGGAUCUGAGCAAUUACAAGACACUGCAGGAGAAACUGAUUUUUUGCCUAGCUACUUGACACUUCAUGAAAAGUUAUUCCUUCUUAGAAUAAUAGAUUUGGACCAUCAGAAUGCUUGAUGUGAAAGUUGUUUUGAAUGCACUGUCACAUGGGACAGUGUCAACUGCUUUGCACGACUCCAGGCAGAUGAUGUCGGAUGCUCUUGCAUUAUCCACCAACACUAUAAUCCUGUUGUAGAGGGUCACCAAGUUAAUUAGGAUUUGCCCUUAGUAAAAGUAUGCUGGUCGUCACCUCUCUAUUCUCUGUUUAACAUAGCCUUGUUUUCAGGAGAAUCUGCUCCAUGGUCUUCCUGGGUACAAAGUCCUCCUACCCAUAAAAUCAUUGUUAAUGGCAAGGAAUGUGUAAACUUUGCAUCAUUCAAUUUUCUUGGACUUCUGGAUAAUGAGAAAGUUAAGAGUGCGGCUCAAGCAUCUUUGAAGAAAUACGGUGUUGGUACUUGUGGACCUAGAGGAUUCUAUGGUACUUUUGAUGUGCACUUAGAAUUAGAAGACCGGCUAGCAAAAUUCAUGAGGACAGAAGAAGCUAUUAUAUACUCAUAUGGAUUUGCAACAAUUGCCAGUGCAAUUCCUGCAUAUUCAAAAAGAGGGGACAUCGUGUUUGUAGAUGAAGCUGCAUGCUUUGCUAUUCAAAAGGGGUUACAAGCAUCCCGUAGUAACAUCAAAUUAUUUAAGCAUAAUGAUAUGACAGACCUUGAAAGACUGUUGAAGGAGCAAGAGACUGAAGAUCAGAAGAAUCCUCGCAAAGCCCGUGUAACUCGAAGGUUCAUUGUGGUGGAAGGGUUGUAUAUGAAUACAGGAGACAUUUGUCCUCUUCCAGAAUUGAUAAAAUUGAAGUAUAAAUACAAAGUUAGAAUAUUUUUGGAAGAGAGCCUUUCUUUUGGAGUCCUUGGAGAACAUGGAAGAGGAAUCACUGAACACUUUGGAAUAAAUAUUGAUGAUAUAGAUCUCAUUAGUGCAAACAUGGAAAAUUCACUGGCUUCUAUUGGAGGAUUUUGCUGUGGAAGAUCUUUUAUAAUUGACCAUCAGCGACUGUCUGGUCAAGGCUAUUGCUUUUCUGCAUCCCUGCCUCCUUUGUUAGCUGCUGCUGCUAUUGAGGCUCUGAACAUUAUGGAAGAUAAUCCAGAAAUUUUUCAGACUCUUCGGGCUAAAUGUGAGAGAAUUCACAGAGCUCUACAGGGGAUUUCUGGCUUAAGAGUAGUGGGAGAAUCGUUUUCUCCAGCAUUGCACUUAAGGUUGGAAGAUAGUUACGGAUCUCGAGAAAAUGAUGUGAAGUUGCUCAAGAGAAUUGUGGAUUAUUGCAUAAAUAGUGGUAUUGCAUUAACUCAGGCCCGCUAUCUGGAGAAAGAAGAAAAAUGUCUUCCUUCACCCAGUAUUCGAGUAGUGGUAACAGUGGAACAAACAGAACAAGAACUGGACAAAGCUGCAUCACUUAUUAAGGAAGCUGCAAAGUCUGUACUGAAUUAACCCACAGUUCUGGAUUCCUUUUUCCUCAAAUUAUAAGAAUAAAUGUUUUACUCCGUAUAGUGAAUUCCACUUCAGAUAUUAAAGCUUAUCCACCAUAGACAUUAAACCUUAACUAAUGAGAUUGUUUCAGGAUAGUAAAUAUACAGUGAUGUAUAGAAUGCUGAAUUUUGAAAGUGAUGAAUGACACAAUGUACUUAAAAUUCAGAAUCUAUGUUUUAGUAAUAUUCCUAAAAAUGGAAUAUCAUUGUUGCACGUACGUCUUUUUCACAGGUUUUAUCUUAAGCCUUACAUUUAUUUCUUCAACCCCCUAAAUGUUACCAUACAUAUGGAGACAGAGAGAGAGAGAUGAGAUAUGUAUACAUAUGUAUAUAAUUCAUUUUUUUCCCAAAAACAUCUAAUGUAUAUCUCAGUAUGUAGGAAGUUUACUUGCUUUCAGAAUUAAGAUAGGCUGUUCCUAAUGCUACUAUAAAAGAGAAAUAACAUGUUAAGAGAUAAUUUUGUGCUGUAUUGAGUCAUUCACAGUGGGAACUUCAAUUCUUACUUGUUUAUAUCUGUUUAACCAUUUCUGAAAGCAGUCUGUCAGAAUGCCUGGUCAGAUAAUUGCUAUCAAAAUGGUAAAUUUAUGUUUAACACUGUUUGCAUACUGCAUUUCAUAUGUAAAUAUGCAUAUCUGAUUUUAUGGGUGAGAUUUUUCUUAUCAACUUUAACACCUAAACUGAAACCCCUAAAUUGUGAGAAUGUUGCAAUAUCAUUAUAGUAUGUUCAGUCGGGGGGCUUUUGCACCUGUUCAGAAGAGGAGGCAUAAACAACAUGAAGAAGAACCAAAGUUUUGAAAUGGCAACUGAAUACAAGCUUAUUCAAACAGCUUUGAAGCACUGAAAGGUAGGUAUUAAGUUAUAGCUCUAAACAGCUGCUAUGCAUUAGAGAGGAAAGCUCACAGUAAGUUUACAUGGUACACAUACUACUGAAAUACAACUCAAUAUAUGUGCAUAAAAUCCCAACAUAAUCAGUAAUAUUUGGAGUUUUAUGUUCUUGUAAUUUUCAGUGGUCACAGAUGGAUAGGAACAUAACACCAAUCUGAGGAAACUUGUAAGGAUGUAUGACAGUAAGCCAUAGCUUUUAAUCAAAUAAAAAUGUAGUUCAGUGUAUUUUUAAUAAUACCAGUUCAAAAAACUGUGUUCUACCUGAUCUGUAUUCUGAGUUGUUUUGUACUUACUUUUCUUUUUGGUUGCUGCUACAAGGACUACAGUACUAUUUUUGAGAAAAAUCAUUGUUUAAAUAAACAUUUUAUUCAAAUUUGUA